UGUCUGAAAUACUUUUUAAAAUGUUUCUGUCACAGAUGCCGCCUCCAUGGACUUGGAAAUGAUCGAUGUGCAAGUUUUAGGAGACGCUUUUAAACGCUAUCUUGUGGACUUACCGAAUCCUGUCAUUCCAGUAGCCGUUUACAAUGAAAUGAUUUAUUUAGCCCAAGAAGUACAGAGCCCUGAAGAAUAUAUCCAGCUGUUGAAGAAGCUCAUUAGGGCACCUAACAUACCUCAUCAGUAUUGGCUUACGCUUCAGUAUUUGCUAAAACAUUUCUUCAAGCUCUCUCAAACCUCCAGCAAGAAUCUUCUGAGUGCAAGAGUACUCUCUGAACUUUUCAGCCCUCUACUUUUCAGAUUCCCGGCAGCCAGCUCUGAGAAUACUGAACACCUCAUAAAAGUUAUAGAAAUUUUAAUCUCAACUGAGUGGAAUGAACGACAGCCUGCACCAGGUAAUGCUUUCUGAACUUUUAAAAUUCUC